AUGGCGUGCUCGGGACCAUCGCACAGGUUGGCCGAUAUGGUCAGCGGUUCUUGCCCACCGCGAUCAAUUAGUCGGGCUCCUCAUUUCCAGGUACAAGAUGCCGUGAGCGAAUCUCUCAGAAAGAAGAAGAAAACCAAUCCUUUGUCCGAGGGACCCAAAUGUCUAAGACUGACACUGGAGGAACCUCUGCUGCUAACAAAAGUUCAUCUUUAG